AACACAGCAUGAUAGUUCAGCCAAGGGGCCUUCUCUAUUUUUCCUGUUCUUCUCCUGCAUUCUUUCUAUCUCUUAUUCUUGACUAAAGUUCUUCUCAAGCCGUUGGUCUUUCUCUUACAACUACCUUGAAUAUCUACAGCUUAUAUUCUAGCAAUGCCGCCAUCGCCAAAUAAUACAGUUGUGAAGGCAGUGGCUGCCACAGCUGCAACUACUCUAGUUGUUGCUGUGAUUUUCUUUUUCCUUUAUAAAAUACUUGUAAUUGCUCGACGCCAAAGGGAAAACAAAGUGAAUACAAGCUUUCGUAGAGAAGAAGCUGUAGUGACUCAUGAAGAGUUCAAGAACUUUGGAGGAAAUGUGAAGGGAUUGAUUGUUGAUGAAAAUGGGAGGGAUGUUCUCUAUAUGAGGAAACUAGAAGGAGGGCACCUUAAAACUUCUUUUCCAAAGGUUAUAUAUAAUCCUAGUUAUGAAGAAGAAAAAGAAAUGAGGGUGGAUUUUACUCCUGAGAGACCAUGUGAUGUAUUUCCUCUCGAAGUAGUGAAACCAGUAUUGCAUAGUCCAACUCCAGUGCCGCGAAGGCAGCCUCUGCCACAACUAUCUCAGCCUCUACCUCCACCAAUGAUUUUGGACAAGCAAACUAAACCACCACCUCCUCCAGCAAAGAAAAUUCCAGUACCACCUCCACCACCACCGCCGCAAUCUGUUCCAGCUAAAAUAAGUCCUGCACCGCCACCGCCACCUCCAUCUCCGAAGGCAGUGGGUCCAGUGUCAUCAUUGAAACCCCCACAAGCUCCCAGAGCAAAAACAAACAGCAAGAGCAGCUGGUCAGAGGGUUCAACGGGGGAGAGCUCGAGAGGAACUGGUCCUGGCCAAAUGAAGCUGAAGCCACUGCACUGGGAUAAGGUUAUGGCUAAUGCUGACCAUUCCAUGGUCUGGGAUAAGAUCGUCGAUGGAUCUUUCCGAUUUGAUGACCAUCUUAUGGAGAAUUUGUUUGGAUAUGCUGACGCCAACUGCAAAUCCCAUGAAAGAGGCAAUGUCCUGUCAAAUUCAACCAAGUCCAACUCUGCCCCACCAGCUCAAAUUUUCAUACUGGAGCCACGAAAAUCACAGAACAUAGCUAUUGUGCUAAGAUCUCUUGCAGCCUCUCGCAAAGAAAUUCUGGAUGCUCUCUUUGAAGGCCAUGGACUCGGUGCUGAUACCCUUGAGAAACUUACCAAAAUGUCCCCAACCCAGGAGGAAGAAGCCAAAAUCCUAAAAUUCAAUGGCAACCCAACUAAACUUGCAGAUGCUGAAUCUUUCCUCUACCACAUCCUGAAAGCUGUGCCUUCAGCGUUCAGUCGUUUCAAUGCAAUGCUUUUCAGAACAAACUAUGAUCCUGAUGUUCUUCAUCUUAAGGAGUGCCUUCAAGCACUCGAACUAGGCUGCAAGGAGCUAAGAACCGGUGGGCUUUUCUUAAAACUUCUUGAAGCCAUUCUCAAGGCCGGCAACCGCAUGAAUGCCGGAACUGCCAGAGGCAAUGCACAAGGUUUUAACCUUAGUACUCUUCGGAAGCUCUCUGAUGUAAAAAGCACAGAGAGGAAGACUACUCUGCUUCACUUUGUUGUGGAACAAGUAGUUCGAUCAGAGGGUAGACGUUGUCUGAUCAAUCAUGGUCAAAGUAUUAGCACCACAAAACACUCAGAUAGCCUUACUCCAGAAGAGAGAGACAAAGAGUACCUAAUGUUAGGCUUACCAGUGGUGGAAGGCCUAAAUAUUGAAUUAUCUAAUGUAAAGAAAGCAGCUACCAUAGCAUAUGACAAUUUGAUCAAUAUCUGCUCCACUCUCAGUGACCGUGUGGGAGAAAUGCGGCAGCUUAUGAGACACUGUGGCAAUGAUGAGAGAGGUGGGUUCAUGAGGGAAAUGAAAGAAUUUCUGGAGGAAUGUGAAGAGGAGCUGAAGGUGGUGAGAGAGGAGCAAACGCGGGUUAUGGAGCUUGUUAAGAGAACAACACAAUACUACCAAGCAGGAGCUAAUUCCAAAGACAAAGGAACACACCCGCUUCAACUAUUUGUUAUAGUUAAGGACUUCCUCGACAUGGUUGAUCAAGCUUGUGCUGACAUUUCUCGAAAGAUACAGAAGAAGAAUGUUACAACACCUCCUCUGGGAUCGUCACCCCCACUUUCACCACCAACAAAAACUUCAGUCAGAUUCCCAAACCUCCACUCACAUUUCAUGUCCGACAUGUCUAUGACAUCUUCCAGCGAAUCUGAUGAUGACUUCUGAAGAGGAGAAGCACAACUGCAGAAAAAUUUGAUAUGGAGUCAUCUGCCAUAGGAAAGGUAGACUUCGGAAGUUAAUCUGUCAUCAGUCCUGCCUGAUCAUUAGUUGUAUUUGCAUAUAGAAAUAAUAUGACAUUCCUCUACUGUCAAUAAGUGCAUAAUUUCAUCCCAAUCA